AUGGCUGACAAGGGACUCGAGGAUGUCCCCGAGGGACAGAUCGAGUCCAACUACGAUGAGACUGUCGACUCUUUCGACGACAUGAACCUCAAGUCUGAGCUCCUCCGUGGUGUUUACGCCUACGGUUUUGAGCGUCCCUCUGCUAUCCAGCAGCGUGCUAUUAUGCCUGUUAUCAAGGGCCACGACGUCAUUGCUCAGGCCCAGUCUGGUACUGGCAAGACCGCUACUUUCUCCAUCUCCGUUCUCCAGAAGAUCGACCCUGCUGUCAAGCAGUGCCAGGCCCUGAUUCUCGCCCCUACCCGUGAGCUGGCCCAGCAGAUCCAGAAGGUCGUUGUCGCUAUCGGCGACUUCAUGAACGUUGAGUGCCACGCCUGCAUUGGUGGUACCAGCGUCCGUGAUGACAUGAAGGCCCUCCAGGACGGCCCUCAGGUCGUUGUCGGUACCCCCGGCCGUGUCCACGACAUGAUCCAGCGUCGUUUCCUCAAGACCGACGCCAUGAAGAUGUUCGUCCUCGACGAGGCCGAUGAGAUGCUUUCUCGUGGUUUCACCGACCAAAUCUACGACAUCUUCCAGCUCCUUCCCCAGUCCACCCAGGUUGUCCUGCUCUCCGCCACCAUGCCCCAGGACGUCCUUGAGGUCACCACCCGAUUCAUGCGUGACCCCGUUCGUAUCCUUGUCAAGAAGGACGAACUUACCCUGGAAGGUAUUAAGCAGUUCUACAUUGCUGUUGAGAAGGAGGAGUGGAAGCUCGACACCCUGUCCGAUCUCUACGAGACCGUCACCAUCACCCAGGCCGUUAUCUUCUGCAACACCCGCAGAAAGGUCGACUGGCUGACUGACAAGCUGACCGCCCGUGACUUCACCGUCUCUGCCAUGCACGGUGACAUGGACCAGGCUCAGCGUGACCUGAUCAUGAAGGAGUUCCGAUCCGGAUCUUCUCGUGUCCUGAUCGCCACUGACCUUCUGGCCCGUGGUAUCGAUGUCCAGCAGGUUUCCCUGGUCAUCAACUACGAUCUCCCCGCUAACCGGGAGAACUACAUCCACCGUAUCGGUCGUGGUGGUCGUUUCGGCCGAAAGGGUGUUGCCAUCAACUUCGUCACUGCUGACGACGUCCGCAUGAUGCGUGAGAUUGAACAAUUCUACAGCACCCAGAUCGAGGAAAUGCCCAUGAACGUUGCCGACCUGAUCUAA